AUGAAGUUUUCAGCCGACCUGAACACAUAUAUUGCUGAGAGAUUUGGUAUGGAUGCUAGUGUUGUUCUCGACAAUCUCAUAUAUCCUCCUGCAUACACCUAUGAGCACCAGUACAACUUGCUCCUAGGCCUUGCUGCCAAGAUGGCUGAGGGACCUUUCAGGCUUCUGCUAGCACAGAUGCUGUCCCACCUUACCAAGGUUGCCGAGGAGUUCAAUGUUGCAGUGUACAUCACCAACCAAGCUUCCAAUCCACAUGCGGGGCGGCGGAAGGUUGCCUACAUUGACACUGAGGGAACAUUGUAUCUUUGGAACUUCAUAAAUCUCGUGCUUACACCUAUGAGCACCAGUACAUUUUUUCUCUUGGGCCUUGCUGCCAAGAUGGCUGAAGAACCUUUCAGGCUUCUUAGGCAUGAAACUUUGCGUGCUCAUAUGGUAUUUCUAUCAUCCUGGAAACAGAUUGUGGAUUCUGUGAUUGCACUAUUUCGUGUUGAUUUCAGUGGCAGGGGUGAACUUGCAGAGCGUCAGCAAAAGCAGUUCAACGUUGCAGUGUACAUCACCAACCAAGGUGGGCUUUGCUAUUUAGCAGUGUAUCAAUUCCAAGAGUUUAAAGAUCAGUGA